AUGUCGACCAAACGCAAGGCACCCGGAAAGCUUGCCACCCCGACAGUCAAGCCCAGCGCCCAGGUGCCCUCCAAGGGCACAAUCGACGAGUCGCGAGCAUCAGUAGCAGACACUGACGUGCUGGGAACCACCGAGGUCGAGACGAUUGAUAUCUCUUCCGACGCCGCCAGCGACGAGGACAUGUCCGACGACGACGACGACGACGACGACGACGACGACGAUGAGGAGGUAGAUGGAGAGGAAGGUACCGAGAAGAAGCAGCAGCGACAAAUAGACGAUAGCAAGAGCGACAAGAAGACAUCGGCAGCGGCGGUGAAGAAUGGCAAGAAUAACGGCGUGGAGAGGGAAGAAGAAGAUGAGGACGAGGAGGACGGCGGCGAGGCCACGUUCGGCGAGCUCCUCCGCAACAACGAGGCCAUCGACGUGUCCGCCCUCCUCCUGGCCCAGCAGCAGCAGCAGCCGGGCGACGGCGGCAAGACCUCCUCGUCCGCGGCCGUGGCCUCCAACCGCACAGUCGCCCUCGUGCCCCCGUCCCAUCAGUCCCUGACGACUGUGCUCUCGCAGGCGCUCCGCACCGACGACACGGACCUACUCGAGUCGUGCCUGCACACCAAGGACCUCGCCACGAUACGCAACACCAUCGAGACCAUCGACAGCACCCUGGCCGGCAACCUGCUGACCAAGCUGGCCUCGCGCCUGUACCGCCGCCCCGGCCGCGCCGGCAGCCUGAUGGUGUGGGUGCAGUACACGCUCGUGGCGCACGGCGGCGCCCUGGCCUCGCAGCCCAAGGUGAUCCAGAGCCUCUCGGGCCUGCAGAAGGUCCUCUCCGAGAGGGCUAAAGGUCUGGGCAGCCUGCUCGCCCUCAAGGGCAAGCUGGACCUGCUCGAGGGCCAGAUGGAAAUGCGCAGGAGGAUGCAGCGCAGUGCCGGGCAUGUGUCCAGCCGUCGUGGCGUGAGCAGGGAUGACGACGACGACGACGACGACGAUGAGCAUGUCAUCUACGUCGAGGGAGAGGAUGGCCGCGCCGCCAAGGUUGGAGGAGGAGGCGACUACGUCCUCGACGACGACGACGACGACGACGACGACGACGACGACGGUGACGGUCACGAUCACUCUGCUGCUUCCGCCGCCGCCGCCGCCGCCGCCAUCCUCAACGGCGUCUCCACCGACGACGAGGAGGAUGUCUCCGAGGAUGACGCUGACAACAGCGACGCCGAGGCUGCUGACGACUCCCUCGGCGAGGACGAGGUCGACCACGACGAUGUCGACGAGUCCAUGGGCGAGGACGACGACAGUGACGCCGAGGCUGCACCGCCUGCCAAGGUUCAGAAGGUGGCCAAGUCGUUUGCCAAGAAGAGGUAG